ACCUCUCGAUAUAAGAGGUGCCGAAACCGUUUUUUUUACUCUGUAAAAUUUUUAAAGAUGAAGUACGUCUUAGCAGUUUUCUCCGUUGUCAUUGGCUUUUGUACUGCUGCUACCAUUGAAAAUCAACCUGAAAUCAAAUUCGUUAAGGAUGGCUUCAAUGGUUCAUGUACUACGUCAAGAUACUGGGAUUGCUGUAAGCCUACUUGUUCCUGGAAAGGAAACACCGACACAUGCAUUGGACCAGUAAACUCUUGCUCUGUUGACGGAAACAACGGCAUCGACGGAAAUAUUCAAUCAGGAUGUGAAGGCGGAAGCGCCUACAUGUGCAAUAACCAACAGAGCAUCGUCAUUAAUUCUACUUUGGCUUAUGGAUUCGCAGCUGCUGCAUUCAUCGCACCACCAGAAAACAUGUGCUGUACGUGUAUGUUGGUAACCUUCGGACUUGGUCCAUGGGGAGACUGUUCCGGAAAAAAAAUGGUACUCCAACUCACCAACACUGGUGGUAGCAGCAGCACCAACAGUACCGAAAACAACAUUGAAUUAUCCAUCCCAGGAGGUGGUGUGGGAUAUUAUACCGAAGGAUGCAAGAAGCAAUGGAACGCUCCAGAUCAAGGUUGGGGUGACCAAUACGGAGGCGUGAGAACCGAAGAAGAAUGCAACCAAUUGCCUCAAGUUUUGCAACCUGGGUGCAAAUUCAGGUGGGAAUUCUUGAACGGAUGCUCCAACCCUCCAGCCACUUUCCAACAAGUUGAAUGCCCGCAGGAAAUUGUUGCCAUUUCUGGAUGCAGUAUGAAAUAGAUAUGGAUUUUGUGAUAUAGUCUAUCGUUUCUCAAAUGAGACAAGGCAAAAAUUGGGGUCUCCUCAAAUUAUCGUAUUGCCCGUUAAAAUUAUUAUACUAUUAUUAGGAAAAAUAUAUUGAGCGUGCCGGUAUACAUUGGAUGCAAAUUCACUGGCGAACAACGCAUCUUAUUGGUUGUUUUAUACAGUCAACGUUGACUCCAGGAAUAUCUCAUUGGUUAGAAUUUUUAGCGGCGUAUUUCUUUGGAGAGGCGGCUUCUUUGGCGGCAUAUUUCUUUGUAGCGGCCGCCCUUUGCGAAUCAGUUUCGUCUGGAAAGACAGUGCAGUAGAUAGUUUUUAUAAAUUUGAUUCCUAUUUGAGUUGUAUCGUGCCUCAUGUUUUAUUUUAUAUAAAACUGUUUUAAUAAAUUUCCCUUACUCCGCCGGUGCUUCAUAAAGAAAACGCCGACGGCCAAAGGAAUAUUAUUUUUUUUACUGUCUCAUUUGACUAUCGAUAGACUAUACAAUAUAUAUUUUUUUUUUAAUUACAAGUGGUUAAUGUUA